AAAAAAAAAAGUAGCAAGCAAACAGAUGCGGCCAUAACAAACAGAUGCCUUUAGACAGUGUGAAACUGUGUGAAAUGACAGUUUUCUGGAAAAUAAUCAACUCUGACGUGAACCGUGAAGCCAGUUAUACUCACAACAAACAAAAGAAGGCUAACAGCUUGUUUCAUUUAAGCUAAAUGCAACAACCGACCAGGGAGAGUAGCUAACGUUAGUUACUGUUGCUAAUGCUAUCAGCUAAGCUACCAUGCUAGCACUGAGUGUUAAAGAGGAGAAGUUUUGUUAACAAAAACAACGACCAUCUCAACAACAAGUGCAGUGGGAUAUUUCAUGACAAGGAUACUGCUUCAUGAGGGAAAAGAAAAUGGACCUCAACAAAUAGCUGGGCCCCUGUGAGCUGCCCUCGGAGACCCCAUCCUCUCUCAUCCAGAUCCAGCAAGAGAGAGGACAGAGACAGAGCACAGAUCACAGCUUAUGGACUGAAUCACCGACCACAGGAUAACAUGCUGAUAAGAGGUCUGGAUCACUGCUCUCUCUUCGUAAACUAUCUGACACCUGAGUGUCUCCAUUACCGCAGAGGCUUAAGCAGAGGAGGCGCUGACAGUCAGCCAGCCAGCAUGGGUCGGCGCUCGUCUGACAGUGACGAUGACAGUCGGAGCAGGAGGAAGAAAAAACAGCGUCGCCGUUCAUCCUCCUCUUCCUCCUCCUCGUCCUCAUCCUCCGGUAGUAGGGUGACCAGCAGCCGGAGCCGCAGGUCCAGUCGCCGGAGCCGUUCACGAUCCAGAGACAGGGACAGAGAGAGGGACAGGAGGCGAAGGAGACGUUCCAGCAGCAGUUCGUCCCGCAGUUCAUCUCGCAGGAGGAGGAGUCGCAGUGCAGAGAGAGACAAAGGGAGGAGCCACCGCUCAUACAAGUCACGCAGCCGAGACAGGAGGUCUCAUUCUCGCCACCGACGCUCUCGCAGCAGGAGCGGCAGCCGCACCCGGAGAGGGAGUCGCAGCCACAAAAAGAGUCGCAGCCACAGUCGCAGGAGGAGCCGCAGCAACAGCAGAGAUCGAGACCGGAGCCGGCGCAAGGGCCGCGACCGGGACAGGGAGAAAGAGCGGGAGAGGGACAGAGGGAGAGACAGAGACAAGGACAAGAGUAAGGACAAGGCAGAGAAAAAGGGGGAUGCUGGGAACAUCAAAGGAAGAUUAGAACAUCUGACUCCAGCAGAACAGGCUAAAGUUCGAAUGCAUAUGGUCCUGCAGGCUGCAGCUAAAACGGACGAGGUGCUGAAGGCCAAAGUUGCCAAGAGAGAGGAGGAGGCCCGGAAGAAGCUGGAAGAAGAGGGAACUUCUCUGGAGGAGCAAGUGCGAAGGAUAAAGGACAUCGAGGCCAUCGAGAGUGAUUCCUUUGUUCCUCAGGCUUUCAAAUCAUCCAGGGAUGAUAUAAAGACUGAGCCAGUUGAGGUGAAGCAGGAGCCAGAGAGGGCAGAUUCUCAGGACGUCACUCUUCCCAUCUCCAUAGUCUACAAUGACAAUGACACUCUCGCUCAUCCCACUUUGUUCAUGGACAAGGAAAAGGCCGAGGAGCUGUGGCUCAACAGACUGGUCUCCCUGCGACAGGAGAGGCUCAUGGGAAGUCCUGUAACCUAAGGAACACCAAACAGACAGACAAAAGAUCCUUCACAUUAUCUGGAUACUUUCUACUCCUCAUUCACUCAGUCAAGUUUGCUUUUGUUUUCUUCUGCCCAUAUCCGUCAAAUUCAGUCAUCCCAGCAUUUCUCAAUUCACCUUUAUGCUAAUUUCUUACACCUAUUGUAAAAACUUUGUGUGUUGUGCUUAUUAUUUUAUUACUGUAAAUUUUAUUCAAUUAAAAAAUCUGCUGUUCUUUA